AUGUCUGCAACUCCUGCGUUGCCUCCCCUCGACCUCAACCCGACGCUCGGCGCCGUUUUUGUUGGAUUCGUGGUUUCUGCUGUGCUCUUCGGCAUCACCCUUCUGCAAACGAUUUAUUAUUAUACGACAUUCCGCGAUGACAGGAUAUGGGACAAGCUCAUGGUGGCCGGCUUAACGCUUCUUGACACUGGGCAUUUUGUCUGCAUAUCGCAUGCGGUGUACUGGUAUACGAUCCUCAACUAUGGUCAGCGGUUGACUUUGAACGUCAUCGUUUGGAGCUUGACUGCCGAUGUCUUCUUCACGUCUAUCAUCGCCUUUAUUGUCCAAAUGUAUCUCACACGUCGAGUUUGGAUAUUGAGCCAGAAGAACUACAUCGUCAGCGGCUUCCUGACUGUGCUGUCCUUAUUUGCGCUCGCAUCUGGUCUCGCAUAUGGCAUACGUUUGGGUCAGCUCGGGACGCAAUCGUCCAUGCAUCUUAUCUUGUACUUGAUUCGUAUGGCUUUGGGCGGAACGGUGGCGGCUGAUAUCUGCAUCACUAUCGCGCUCGUCUUCUACUUGCGCAAGAGUCGGUCUGGGGUCAAGAGCACACACGACAUGGUUCACUUCCUCGUCGUCUUCGCAAUCAACACUGGUGCUAUUACCAGCCUGUUCGCGCUCUUGGAUGUGAUCAUCCACACCGCUCUGGAAGACACCUUGGGGUACAUGGCGUUCUAUGUGUGCUUGUCCAAGCUCUACGUGAACAGUCUGUUGGGCACACUCAACGCACGCUCGUACCUUCGCCAGAAUCACGCGUCUACGAAUGUGCAAUCCGAUGGGUACAAGCUCUCUCAGUUCCAAACCGCCAGCAACCGUCUGGGCAGUGACCAUACCUGGCAGACCAGUCAGACCCAGACUCAGAGCAUCCCCGGCCCCAUGAUGUUCAGCGACCCUCCCCGGUCGCAUAGCAUCGAACUGCGCGAGGAUGAGAAACCCAUCCAUAUUGUCUGA